AUGGAGCCCAAGGCAAAGAGAAUCAAAGUUGACAGAGGUAGCUCGUCCCCGCGGCAAACUUUCAAUACUAUUCAACUAACCCCGUCAUCAGUUCAACAGGCGCCCAAAGUAGCAAUGAAAAGGACAAUUGAACUGCUGCCUGCAGAACAGCUCCUCCGGGACCUUUUGCUCGAAUGCGCACAGCAUUUCCCCGGGCUCCAACUCUGGAUUGCAGGUGGUUGGGUUCGAGAUCGCUUGCUUGGAAUCCCUUCAUCCGACCUCGACCUGGCGCUGACCAACGUAACGGGGAGGCAAUUUGGCACAUACUUGGAAAGCUUCUCUGCCAAGCCAGAUAUCCAAGCCAAGUACCACCAGAAGGCAGCCGGCCUGGGCAUCCCGCACACCAGUUUCACCCGGUUUUAUAUAGUCGAAAGAAACGUCAACAAAGCCAAGAAGCUCGAGACGGCUGGCGGCAAACUCUUUGGCCUGGAUAUCGAUUUGGUUAAUCUGCGCAAGGAGGUUUACGAUGGACAUAGUCGAACCCCGGAAAUGGAGUUUGGCACCCCUGAGGAGGACACCUUUCGUCGCGAUGCAACCGUCAAUUCUCUCUUAUUUGACCUGGAGAAGCGGGAAGUUGUUGAUCUCACGGGCAGAGGUCUACAAGACUUGGAUGCGAGAAUAAUGAGGACGCCCCUAGAUCCAAGGCAGACAUUCAUGGACGAUCCGCUACGUGUGCUGCGACUGAUUCGCAUUGGUAGUAAACUCGGUUUUGCUAUUGACACAGAGGCAAUGAAUUGUAUGAAGGAGAAGGACAUACGACGAGCACUUGACACCAUCAUCACCCGCGACAGAAUUGGUGUCGAGGUGUUCAAAAUGAUGAAUAGCCCACACCCAGAGGUGGCGUUUGAGCGUCUUUGGGAAGCAAAUCUAUACUCUCCGGUUUUCAUCCGUCUCGAUUCCUCACUCCUCCACAACUUACAGGCAGAGUGUCCCACAAGCGGAUCUGCGUCAGAAUCAUGGCCCAGCACGUGGCCACGAGCUUACCGGCUGCUCGACUACCUCCUAGCAGACAGUGGUAAUCUAGGCAAGCUGGUUAAAGGUGAGACAACGGCAGAUCAUCUUUGGACCAUGGCUGCUUAUGCGCCAUUUUCCGUGCUUCGACAUACCAUGCUAAAACAGGCCGUCGAAGAGGCCACAACCGCCGUUCGAGCCACCGCAAAGAUAUCCAAGCUACUCAGGGACGCACUGACAAAUUUCGAUUCAAUCCAUGCUAUUGUGGAUACUGUCGCCGAUGAGCCUGAGAAAUUCCCGCCAAGGAGCCUUGUAGGCAUGGCAAUUCGUUCCUGGGGCACAACUUGGGUCGCGCAAGUGACGUACGUCAUGCUAGCGCUCGUCAUGUCUUCCCAAACAGAGUCUUCGGGAUCCUUUCCAAGUACCUCGUCGGCAGAGAAGUGGCCAGAAGAUUCAGUGUUUUUGAAGUUUUCCGCCUUUGCCGAUUUCGUGUUUCGGAGUAACUUGCGAGACGCCCACCUCCAGCGGCCGUUGUUAGACGGAAACGAGAUCCAAAGGCUCUAUGGUGUACAUAAGGGGGGAAAGUUUGUCAAGAGCGCAUUGGAUGGCCUCGUAGCAUGGCAGCUCGAUCAUCCGGAGAGUGGGAUUGACGAGGCUAAGGCGUGGCUUCUUGGCCGAAGAGAAGAAUUAGGUGUGCCGUCUUCUAGUGAAGCCAAAUGA